AUCGUCGCUCACAGACAACCACCACUACGCCCACCAUGCUCUCAGCACUCAUUAACAAGCCCAACCACGUCCCUGAAUUGCAGCGCAAGGUUCAGGCUGCGUUCCCUCAUGAGCCUGUCUACUACGCUAAGCCUCAUGGCAAGCUCUACGUUCGCACGUACUAUGGUUUCUUCGCUGCCGGCGUGCUUGGGGUUCUCUACGGCUCUUACUCGCUCCUCUUCACCAAGCCCAAAAGGGGCGGCGAGUAAUUGAACUGCAGCCAAUAGACCGCAAUGAAUAUUCUCUUUUGCUAUGUUGUGCAUCUUGCGUGAACCAUUGAGUCUUUAACACGAACUGGUUCGAGAAUCUGGAGAUGAGGCGAACAAGUCAUGUCGGAAUGUGUCGGGAGGGAGUUUAUUGCUCUAGAUGACCACAGUUACAAUUCAAUGUUGUCCUCCCUCUCUCUUGUUGGUUCAUAAGUUAGACAGACAGAACACGAAACACUGUAACAC